AAAAAAAGGACAACUCGGGAAGCCUUUUUUUAAGUUUUUUGAUACUGCCUUAUUUUUUUUUUUCUUCUUUUAUUUUCUGCGUUCAACAUUUUAUUUCUGUAUUACAAAGUUCAUGAGCUGGAAGGGAUUCCAAAAAGCUGUAAGCCGUCUUCCGCAUCAAAUUCUUUCCAAGAAAUCCGAGAGUAAGUGACCCAGAGUUUGGAGAGGAAAAAGAUCGAUCGGGAAUGGCUAAAUAUAAAAAAUUGGAAUGAAAACAAAGCUACCAAGGAUGCGGAAUUCAUGGCCCUCGAGAAACGAUUCUCGGACUUUACAAAGGUUGUAGAACGAUUUUACAAAGAUGCACAAACGUUUCGGGAUGCAAUUUCAUCCGUGUUGAUGCAUCAAGCUGCUAUGGCGGGAUUCCUUGCUACGAUCUAUGACACACAUAUUGGCAAAGAAAUUCCAGAAGGCGCCAUUCAGAAACGGGUCCAACAAACUCCGGCGGCAUCGUUACAGGCUGCCAAUGACGCAGAAGCCGCCAUGGCUUAUUGCCGGGAUGAAAUAUUGCCUGAAUUGGAUGCUGUGGAUCGUGAUAUUGUAAGACCACUGUUGGAGUUACUGGAAAUCAUGCGAGUGAUCCAAAAGACGAUUGUAAAGCGUAACCAUAAAUUGAUCGAUUACGACCGUCAUCGAGCAUCUUUGAACAAAUUAAAAGGAAAAGACGAACGAAGUUUCAACGAAGAAAAACAAAUCUUCAAGGUGGAAGCCCAGUUGCAAACCGCCACCGACGAUUAUCAGUAUCUCAACGUCAUGCUGAAACAACAAUUGCCACAAUUUUUCCAGCUAAAGACGCAAUUCGUUCAACCCGUAUUUGAACACUUUUACAACCUCCAGACGAAAAUCUAUGGCAUGAUCUACGCUCGUUGUUACGAAUUACUGAAUGCCAACGCAGACUAUUUUGUCACCAGCCAAAUGGGGAUCGAGGAUGGUUACAACUGGAAAAAAUCACAACGCGAUGUGCGAGCGGAAAUGGAGAAUAUGGAUCUUUUGAGAUCAGGAGGAAAAACUUGGCUUGCAGCUUCGGGUGGAGCCAACAAUUCCAAGUUAUCACUGAAGGAACGCGCGGCAUUGCGAAAUCAAGAGGGUGGCGAGGGGCUGCCGCCCCCUGCGUACGGUUCUCCAAACGGUGGUGUCACUUUGGUCUCAACGCCGAUGGGUUACCCAAAAGAUUCAUGGCAACAGUCGCCGCAUUUCCAGCAGCAGCAGCAGUACCAAAAUCAGGCAGGCCCUGCCUCACCACCGCCACCGCCACCCAUUGCCAAUCGUCAACCUGCAGAUUACGUUAUUGCUCUUUAUGAUUACACCGCUCAAGCCGACGGCGAUUUGACGUUUAAAAAGAAUGAUCGAAUUGAAGUGGUGGAACGAACCGCUGAUCAGAACGAUUGGUGGACAGGACGUCUGAAUGGAGUCACCGGUAUCUUUCCUGGCAACUAUGUGGCCAACGCCUAAUUUAUUACACUGUAUUCCCUUUUUUUAAUGUGCAUGACUGGCUUUGGCAGCCACUUUGAUUUUUUGUUUAUCUAUUACGAGGCGA